AUGACCGAAAACCGCUACCGUCCCAGCUCCCCGCCUGGGCGGCGCUACGCUGACCCUCGUGCCUCGACGGGCAUGGUCAUAUCCUCCUCCUUCGACCCUCGAUACUCCUCCUCCUCCCAGCCUCGCAGCGCCAUUGAUACUUUCCCCGUCACGCGACACGGGGGCGUCUACACUACUCAAGGCAUUGCAAGGAAGACGGUCCUCGACGAUCCCCAUUCUGGCGGAGGAUCAAUAGUGAGGACCGAAUAUGCCGUGCGUCCAAGGGGCAAUUCUACACUGGAGACUCGCAGGCCUGUGAGCACAUUUACCGAGCGCCGUUCUUCCCCACCUCGAGUACGACCGGCCAUCAUCAGUGGUUCCUCUCGUGACGAUCCAAGAAGCCCGGUCCUGGCCUCGAGAGAGGACCGGUACCUUGUUCCCGCUGCCUCGGGUGGUCGGAAUCACCAUCGUCAUUCGAGCGCAACCCGUGCCGAGCAAGACCGUCUACUGCCCGCGCGAGUGAGCCGACAACCCGAGUACCAUCGCCGAGGUGGUUACAAUACAUAUCCGUACUCUUCAACCCGAGGUCCGCUUCAGGAUGAAGGGUUCUCUUACACUACUCCCAAAGAGCAGUUUUUGCAGGAGUCAUCUCGGCCUCCGCAGAGGCGGGAGAGCUACAGCAGACGAGAACGACCCGUAAGCAUAGCUGGGCUGCAAGAGUACAAAGUGCCUGCAAGGCGGGACACACGGGAUGGACCACCGCCUUCGUCUGCCCGCGUCCUCGAUCGAAUCGAGAGAAACGAACCUCUUCGAUACGCAGGCGGCCGCACAAGCGACACUGAAGAUCGAGGAGAUAUCCCCCGACGUCGUCACUCCACAAGAGCACCGGUUUUGCAUCACUAUCCCGACGAGGGUUACACGUCGGCACGUGAAGAACGCGAUAUUCGACCCUUGCCUAGGUCCCGUCAUGAUCGUCCCGAGGACGAUGAUAAACCUCCUAAGCACAGGCAUCGUGAUGAGCGCGAGAGAGAGGUAUUGCGCGAGCUUCCACGUGAGUCUGAACGAGUCCGCGAGCGGGAUCGGGACAGAGACCGUGAGAGAGACAAGGAUCGAGAUCGGGAUCGUGAGAGAGACAGAGAUAGAGAAAGAGACAGGCAUCGAGACGUUGAUAAGCCCGGCAAGCCUCGAAGUCGCGACAGCAGCCCGGAGCAUUCGGGACUGCGUAAAGGACUCGCCGCCGCCGCGGGUCUAGGCGCGGUAAGCGCUGCUGCUGGGGCAGCUCUGAAGAGCAAUCGCAACAAGGAGGACAAUGAGUCGGAAACUGAUGAUCGUAAAGAGCGAAAGCACCGAAGAAGACGACACCAUGAUGAAUCGAGUCCAGACGAACUUGCCGGACGCGUUGAGCGUGAUCUCAAGUUGACCAAUGGAGAUCGCGAUAUGCGCCGACGAGACGAGGACCGUGUUGUUGACGACAUGGGUGAUCAUGACGACCGCCACGAAAGACGGAGGCACCAUCGUCACAGGAAGCACCGAGAUCGGGCUGACCGUGGGACUGAGUCAGACACCACCGAGGAUUAUGACGGUAAGGACUCCAGGCAACGACUUCCCCGAGAGCGAGCGUCUUCUCGUGACGAGGAUCAAGAUGUUCCGCCGGCUCUGGAACAAAGAACAAUAUCCCCAGGUGAAGACGAAGAUAACCGUCCUCGAAAAGUGCAAUUGGUGGAGCCCGCUGAAAAGAAAGAGGAGUUCAAACCAAAGGGUAUCCUCAAGCCGCCCCGAGAAGUUCCAUUUCCUGAAGAUCCAAAUCCCACACGAGAAGGGGUUGCGCCAUUAAAAGACGCCCAUAAAGAUGGCAUACCACCAAAUGCAAGGUGGACCAAAAUUAGUCGAGCCCUAGUGAAUCCCGAGGCCCUAGAAAAGGCUCAUGAGAGGUUCGAAGAGAGAGACGACUACGUGAUUGUCUUGAGAGUGGUCUCAAGGGAAGAGAUCACGAAGCUGGCGGAGAAGACAAAGGAGAUCAGAGAGGCUAGAGAGCGCAAAUGGCAAGCCGAGCUCGAAGAGAAGCGCCGUCGGCGAGUGGAAAGAGGCGAGUACAGUGACGAAAGCAGCGACGACGAAUACAGCGGGGAUGACCGACGUCCGUUGCGUGCUAUAGAGCAGCCGCCUCCUUCUCAAGGUUUACAAGGUGAUCCCAGAGCGUACUUCGCGCAGCAGCAGCAGCCACCACAACAGCAACAGAGAGUGGAAGCUCCUGUCGUUGCUAAUGCUAUCCCAGGACAACCUGGUGUCGCAUUGGCCCAGCAGCCGCCAUCAUUGGCUGGAGCAUAUCCUCCACCAAUCCAGCAGCAGCAGGGAUUGCCUGUGCCAGAUAUAAGGGUUGAGCCCACUGCCGGUAACUAUUCGACAAAUGUAUGA